CAAAAUGACUAGAGCUGGACUUCUCAUUUUGCCAUCUAACUGCAUUGAAGUCACCAAUAACAAUCCAAGCGAGUAGCUCAAAAGUCGCAGCUUUUCCGCUUUUGCGUUUGAAAAACACACCCUCUCUCCCCGGUCCCUGCGCCUUCUUUCUCCCAAUAAAGGAGUACCCAAAUUGUCUUGUCUGCUCAGCUAACCUUAAACAGAUAGUAGUACUAUGUCUUCCUGAUCCAGACGUGAAAUGGGUGUCGUCUAUUGUGCCUCGUGCAUAUUUCUUCUUGCUGCCCUUUGCGGCGUACCAGCUGCAUACGGGAACGCGGAGCUGAGAGCUCUCAUGGAGAUAAAGCUGUCUCUGGACCCACAUGACAACCACUUGUCCUCCUGGACUGACGGUGGCGACCCUUGCAGCAGUGGAACGUUCGAGGGGGUGGCUUGUAACGAGCACCGUAAAGUGUCCAACAUUUCGUUGCAGGGGAAGGGUCUGGACGGGAAGGUUUCGCCAGCGGUGGCGGAGUUGAAGUGCUUGUCGGGUCUCUACUUGCACUACAACUCUCUGACCGGAGAGAUACCGAAGGAGAUUGCGAAUCUCACCGAGCUGACUGAUCUGUAUCUCGAUGUCAAUAAUCUCACCGGGACAAUACCUCCUGAGAUUGGAGACAUGCCAAGUCUUCAAGUUCUGCAGCUUUGUUGUAAUCAGCUGACUGGAGGCAUACCUCCAAACAUGGGGUCACUAAAGAAGUUAAGCGUUCUUGCUCUGCAACAUAAUAGACUGAAUGGUACUAUCCCUUCGAGAUUAGGGGAUUCUAGGAUGCUAAAAAGACUUGAUUUGAGUUUUAACCAUCUAUCGGGUUCAAUCCCAGCAAGUUUAGCUAACAUUACCCAGUUGGAAGUUCUAGAUGUUCAAAACAAUUCUCUCUCUGGUGUUGUUCCUCCUGCUUUGAAAGGACUGAAUGGAGGAUUCAACUGCAGUAAUAAUCCAGGUUUGUGUGGUGUUGGGUUUCCAUCAUUGAAAUUCUGCACUGGUUGGGACCAGGCGAAUAUCAUUCAAGUUGACCCUUCUACAAAUAUACCGAAGAACACGACUAAUAACGCUUCAGUAAAUAGCCCCAUAUCGUCUAAUUUCCAUGCACACUGCAACCAAGCCCAUUGCUCAAGUUCAUCGAAAUUCAUGCAGUUCGCUUUUGUAUCCGGGGUUAUUACAGCCACUGUCGUGUUAACAAUCGGAGGAUUUCUGAUUUUCAUCUGUUGUCGGAGGAGAAAACAAAAGGUUGGGAAUACUUUUGAUACUUCUGAUGGUCAACUUAGCACUCCGCAGGCCAAAGAGUUUUCUAGAAGAAUUGCUUCUCCCUUGUUAAAUCUAGAGUAUCAUAAUGGAUGGGAUGCUUUUGCCAAUGCCUAUGAUAGGAAUGGAGGCUUCCAGGAAUUUCCACUUGGCUUUAAUUACCAUUUGGAAGAUGUUGGAUCAGCUACUCAGUACUUCUCAAAGGUAAAUCUACUGGGGAAAUCCAAAUUUUCUGCUGUCUACAAAGGAAUCCUAAAAGAUGGAUCGGUUGUAGCCGUAAAGAGCAUUAACGUGACUUACUGUAAGUCUGAGGAAGCUGAGUUCGUGAAAGGGUUGAACUUGUUAACCUCUUUGAGACAUGAAAACCUUGUUAAGCUGAGAGGUUUCUGCUAUUCGAAGGAGAGGGGUGAAUUUUUUCUCGUAUACAAUUUUGCUCCUAACGGCAACCUGUCACAGUAUCUUGAUGUGCAAGACGGAAGCAGCCAUAUUCUUGACUGGACCACUAGGGUUACUAUCAUCAAUGGCAUUGCAAAAGGUAUUCUGUACUUACACAGCAACCAACCAAGCAAACCUAGCAUCGUUCACCAAAACAUUUCCAUAAAGAAAGUUCUCAUGGACGAAAACCUUGAGCCAUUAAUAUCGGAUUCUGGUCUCCUCAAGCUCUUAGCUGAUGAUGUCGUCUUCUCAGCUCUCAAGUUCAGUGCUGCCCUAGGCUACAUGGCUCCCGAGUACAUCACGACUGGCCGUUUCACAGAGAAGAGUGAUGUGUAUGCAUUUGGAGUGAUCAUCCUCCAAAUCCUUUCCGGUAGAAGUAAACUCUCCCACCUGAUGCGACUGGCGGCUGAAACUUGCAGAUUGGAAGAUUUCAUUGACCCAUAUCUGAGGGGAAAGUUCUUUGACUCUGAGGCAGCUAAGCUUACAGAAAUCGCAUUGGCCUGUACCCAUGAGCUUCCGGACCUUAGGCCAACUAUGGAAGCAGUGGUCGAGGAACUAAAAGCGUGUGAUUCUUAGGUACUGUCUUUACUUGAGAAGCUUGCUGAAGAUUGUGAUGAGGUAUUAGGCCUUCUGAAGUGCUUGCUCAUUGCUAAAACUGCUCUUACCUAUCUUGUCGUGAAAUCGUCUAAAGGCCAAGCACAAAAUGUAGAUCAGAAGGUUGAUUAAGACCGGUUAUUUAUACUGGGAAACAGAUACCCCUUGUAUUCUAUAGUGGAGGCUGGGGGCAACCCCUUCUGACGUUGAAGCUGCAAGGAGUGGGGAAAAAGCUUAUUACAACUUGCUUCAUUAGAGUUUUCC